UAACUUUAUCAAUAUUUUCUCAUUUAAAUCAAUCACAUCUUAAUAAUAAACACUCGACAAAACACUUCUGAUUUUCCGGAUUAAUUGUUAUUAAAAAGCCAUUAAACGAAGUUUCAUUCAUUUAUUGUAAAGUGCAGCUAUAUAGAAGUAAUAUGGGGAAAGGAUUAUUGAUUCAACUGAUAUGUUGUUUUGGUACAAGUCUGGCUUUGAAGUCAUGGCAAAUUCCAGACGUGGGUUUGCGUGCCCUAGUAGCAAGCAGUAUGGAUGACAAAUGGAUUAAGUUCAAGACUAUGUAUAAUAAAACUUACUUAGAUGAACAGGAUGAAUUAACGAGACGCUUAUACUGGGAAGACACUGUUCGUUUUAUACGGAUGCAUAAUCUUAAGUUUGACCUUGGAGAAGUUACAUAUAGUCUGGGGGAAAAUGAAUUUGCUGAUCUUGCAGAGGAUGAGUUUGAAAAUAUAUACAUGAAGAAAACGACUACAAAGGAUCAUGAAGAUGAUGAAAAACUUUUAUACUUGCCUGACAAUUUAACAAAGAAGAGGGUUGACUGGAGAGGACAUGGACUUGUGACUCCUGUAAAAUCCGAGGGGAGAUUCCCGAGUAGUUGGAUCAUAGCCCCUCUCGAAUCUCUUGAAGGUGUAUAUAAGAAGACAAAGGGAGGUAAAUUACAGAGUUUAUCUGUUCAAAAUGUGAUGGACUGCUGCAAAAAUGUGAGCUUUAGAGAAGGUCAAGCAGCUGAUGUGUAUCGGUAUAUUAUCAACAAUGGCGGUAUCGAUGGUGACACGUGUUAUCGUGCUGAGGCACCAAAGGGAAAGUUUGAUAUAACUCAAUCUGCAUCGAAUCUAAAUUGUCACUACACAGAACGCUGUAAAGCUGCAACUUGUACCGGCUAUAGAACAGUGAAUAAAGAUGAACGCUCACUUGCUGAUGCCGUGGCUUCUGUAGGACCGGUUGCUAUAGCAAUGGACGUCAACGACCGCAAAUUCUGGUUCUACAGGAAAGGUAUUUACUAUUCUUCAAGUUGUAGUAGAACAAGACUUAAUCACGACAUGCUUGUUGUCGGCUAUGGAUCCAUUCGAAAUAGAAGAGAAUACUGGAUCAUCAAAAAUAGUUGGGGUGAAAGCUGGGGAGACAGAGGCUAUGUUUAUACCGCUAGAAACAGAAACAACAUGUGCGGAAUAGCUAGUUCGGCUACUUAUCCGACUGGAAAGGCGUUACUGCUUCAAUUGUUUUGCUGCUUUGGCGUAAGCAUUGCACUGAAGUCAUGGCAACUACCUCAUAACGAUUUACGAGCACUUGCUACAAGUGAGAUGAACGCGGAAUGGACUCGGUUCAAGAAAACAUAUAAUAAAACUUAUGUUGAUGUACACGAUGAGCUCAAAAGGCGCUUGUACUGGGAAGACACUAUUCGUUUUAUAGGGAUGCAUAACCUGAAGUUCGAGCGUGGAGAAGUUACAUUCAGCCUGGGAGAAAAUGAAUUUGCCGAUCUUGCAGAAGAUGAAUUUGCAAAUUUAUACUUGACGGAGACAUCUGUAACUGAACUGGAAACGAACGAUGACUUCUCAUACUUGUCUAACAAUCCAACAUGUUCACAUAUUGACUGGAGACAAGAUGGACUUGUUACUCCAGUGAAAAAUCAGGGAGGUUGUGAAUGCUCCACGAUCUUGGCGGUUCUUGCAUCUCUGGAGGGCGUUUACAAGAAAGCAAAGGGGGGUAAACUGCGUAGUUUAUCUGCUCAAAAUGUAGUGGAUUGCUCGAACAGUUUUUCUCGUUGUCGAUGUUUGCACAGUUCCGUUUACCAAGUGUAUCAGUAUAUCGCAAAAAAUGAUGGUAUAGACAGUGAGGAAUGUUAUCCUGCAAAGAAGACUACGAAACGUAGAUGUCACUACACGAAACGCUGUAAGGCCGCAACAUGUACCGGCUAUAGAUCAGUAAAGAAAGAUGAACGCUCACUAGCUGAUGCCGUCGCUUCUGUAGGGCCGGUUGUUAUAGGAAUGGACGUCAACAACCGAGCUUUCUGGUAUUAUAAGAAAGGUAUAUAUUUUUCACCACGCUGUGGCAAAACUAUAUUAAAUCACGUUAUGGCAGCAGUUGGGUAUGGAUCUGAUGUAAAUGGAAAGGAAUAUUGGAUCGUCAAAAACAGUUGGGGUACACAAUGGGGAGACAAAGGCUAUGUGUAUGUUGCCAGAAACCGAGACAACAUGUGCGGAAUCGCCAGCUUUGCCAACUAUCCGACUGUUUAAUUUCGAUGUUACCAUUAUAUAUGCCUAUGCAGAAUAACACUUUAGAUAUUUUUCUAUAUGUAAUGUGAACAAUUCUAAAGUUUGAUGAUGUAAUAGUUUCAAACGCACAAAAUGAUAUUAUUACGGUCUCCUUUGUUGUAUUUCUUAAUAUACACCUUUGUCAAAAUUU